AUGGUAGGACCAACCGAUAUUGUAAUUCAAUCAGAGAAUAAUAAAUCAUUAUUAUUUACAAAUUUAAUUAGUAGCAAAAUUAACUCAUCAUGUUCAGUAAUGUCAACGACAAUUGAUAGUAGUGAAGUUACAUUAGCGUCUUCUCAAACAAAAUCAACAAAUCAAAUUAAUAGUAUUGCAUUAUCAACUAGUAUUGAUACAAAUAAUAAUGAAAUUAAUUGUAACAAUAACAAUAAUAAUAAUAAUAAUAAUAAUAAUAAUAAUAAUAAUAAUAAUAAUAAUAAUAAUAAUAAUAAUAAUAAUAAUAAUAAUAAUAAUAAUAAUAAUAAUAAUAGUAGUAGUAGUAAUAGUAAUAGUUUGUCAAAUAGUUUUGAUAGUUUAUAUUCACCAGAGAUAUUAUCUAAACUUUCAUUAUCAACAUCAUCUCCAACAUUCACAUCAUCAACUUCACCAAAUUCAACCACUACAUUUUUAAAUUUUAGUACAACAACAAUGGCCGACUUUAAUGUAUAUUAUCCACCACCAUUGAAUAUUGCUGGUGAUGACGAUUUUUAUAGUAAUUCAAAUAGUAGUAAUGGUUCAAUUAGUGGAAAUAGUUUCUUAUCAAAUAAAAGAAAAUCACCUUAUUUAUAUAAAAGUGAAAAGAAUCCAUCCCGAUGUUUAUCUUGUAAUAGAGUAAUUUUAAAAUAUAUUGUUGGUGUUUCAAAUAAUAGUGGUAAAGUUUAUCCAAAAUCAACUGGUUAUAAAUGUAAUCAAUGUAAUACAGCAAUUUGUGAAAAAUGUGCUUCGGAAAAUAACAAUAAUAACAAUAUUAAUAAUAAUAAUAAUAUUAUUAUACCAACAAAUAACGAUAUUAAUAAAUCAUCAUCAUCAACAACAACAUCAACAACAACAACAACAACCUUUAUUUCAACAUGUAAAAAUUGUAUGAAAAAAGGAAAUAAAAAAACAACAAGUAUAAUUGUUAAAUAUUAG